UGGAAAGUUAAGACAAAGAAUUUACAAACAGAAUUAGUCUCGACAAAAGAUUCGUCAAAACAUUAACAGACCAAUAUGUUGAGGGCAAGAAAACAAUUCUGCGUGGAGAGGACAAAAGUGACAAUUGGUAGAGGAAAGCGCGGGUUGAGAGGAAAGAUCGAAGUUCCGGCCGCUCAAAAGCAGAAAGUGAGCCCACCAGAAGACAAAGCAGAGGAAGACAACGCGGUGGGGCCGUUUCCGUGGGCUAGCACCAAAGGCAAGGAGAUUCUCGGAUCGAAUUUCAAAGGAAUUUCUGCAGCUGAUAUACGACAGGAAGUUAGCAAUCUGCUGACCGCAUCCAUAUCAAAGAACACGCAGGAAACGUACAGCACGGCACUAAUUAAGUUUGACAGUUUUAGAUUAAAACAAAACAUGGAGCCUGCCUGGCUGCCAAAGUUGUCAGACAUAAAAGAAUUUAUAGCAGCGUCAUCUCUAGAGGGAUUGGCGUAUUCCACAAUAUGCACAUAUGUCUCAGCAAUAAGUUUGCAAUGCAAGUUAAAAAAUUUUGACGACCCCACCCACAAUUUCAUUAAAGCUAAAAUGUUAGAGGGAAAAAAGAAAACAAGCGCCAAGCCUGAUUCACGUUUACCAAUAACCUCAGGAAUUCUUUCAACAAUUAUCAAUGGACUUCAUUUGUCCUGUAGAGAAACAUAUGAAACGUUAUUAUUCACUUCAGUUUACACUUUGGCAUUUUAUGGUUGUUUUCGUGUCGGAGAAAUUGUUUCAUCAAAUAAACAGGCCAAAGGCAUUUUAGAUAUUAAUGAUAUUAAGAUACAAAAAGAUAACUCAUUAAAAAUAAUAUUAAGAUAUUGUAAAACAGACCAGUAUGGAAAAGGGACAGAAGUG